AUGACGUUGCCUAAUGACACGCCGACCCGGUGUGAACACAGAGCCAGAUCCUAUCUCGGAGAUAUACUACUUACCGUACAAUGCUAUCUCCGUGACAAGCCACACGCAUGCGAACUCUGUCACAAGAAAUUCGCCUUAGCUUGCAACCUUCGUGCUCACAUGAAAACUCAUGAAGAGCGGCCUUUAAACUGCAACUCGAAUCUACCUGUGCGCAUCGCCGGGGAAGCAUUACGGGAAGAAUCGAUCAUUUUCUUUCGAAAUGUCGCUUCAAAUAGGGGUCCCAUGAAGUCGGUUUUUUGCCUCGCUGGGGACCCAGCUUCAAUUAAGACGGGACCCGGCCGUAGGGUAGUAAUGAAGCAGUUUAAAGCCAUCGUAAAGGAAAGAGGUCCAGCUCUCUUAUAUCAACAUCUUAAAGCCGUUUUAAAGUUUAGAACCGUGAAAAUCAGGAAGAAUGUUCCAGAUGCUCCAAGAACUGCGGGGGUACCUGCGGAAUGCUCAGCGAAGAGUCUGCACCUUCGGUCACUGAAGAAGAUCAUGAGUAGAAUAUGA